AACAAUACAGGAUGUAAAUGAUUAUAAACGAUAUGUACUAAGAAAACAAUAUGCAUACGUGACAAAUGGCAACCUCGCAGGAUACAUCCAGCGAUUCAGCUAUAUUGGUCAAUCAACGUGUUGGGAAUUCAAAUUUCACAAUUGGCUUUUAUGUAACCGGUGGAUCGUUCGGUUCACUUUAUAUCGGUACAAACAAUGAAACUGGAGAAAAAGUAGCCAUCAAAGUUGAAAGAGCCGAUAUUGAUAAACCACAAUUACCAUUGGAAUAUGGAUUUUAUAAAACAUUAGGAAACUAUAUGAUUUUUAUACCAAAAAUACAUUAUUUUGGUCCUUGUAAAAAUUAUAGUGCACUUGUAAUGGAUCUACUUGGGCCAUCUUUAUUGAAAAUGAAUCAAAUUUGUGGUGGUCAUUUUGGUUUGGUUACGACCACCAAAUUAAUGAUACAAAUGCUCAAUAUUUUCGAAUAUAUACAUAGUCAAGGUAUCAUUUAUCGUGAUGUGAAACCAGACAAUUUCCUAUUCGGUCAACCCAAUACGUCAAAAUGGGCUACAGUCCAUAUGAUUGAUUUAGGAUUUUGCAAAAGAUAUAUUAAUGAAGAUAAUCGACAUAUUAGCUAUGUGGAAGGUAAAGGCGUAACGGGAACAGCACGUUAUAUUAGUGUCAAUAAUCAUGUGGGCCGUGAAUUGAGUCGACGAGAUGAUCUUGAAGCUAUAAUUUAUAUGAUCAUCUUUCUACAUAAAGGCCAAUUACCAUGGCAAGGAUUGAACGUUGCUGAUUUACGUGAAAGAACCAAACAGAUCGGUAUAAUCAAAAUGACGACAACAAGUAAAGAACUUUGUUCAAAUAUGCCAGUUGAAUAUGAGAAUUUUCUUGAAAUUGUGAAGAAAAUUCGUUUCAAUGAACGCCCACCUUAUCGUCAGAUAAUAAGCCAAUUUCGAUAUGUCUUAUUUCGUAUGGGCAUUACAGCCGAUGAUAAUUAUUAUGACUGGGAUCAAUCACAUCAACCAAGAUCCGAAAAUAAACGGCUUUAAAAUUCAGACACCAGAAAAAUUAUUUGCUGUUCUUGCUAUCACACUACUAAUAUAUGGUGAAAAAUAAAUAAAUAUUCUUAUCAAUUUGAUGAUAUUUU